GCCUACUUGCGGCUUGUGAGCAGGUUCUGCAUUCUUCAGCAAUUCAACAGCACUACUGUGAAACAAAGAGUAUCAUAUCGAGACAUGAAAGUAGCACAUAUUCUAGAGCAAGGCAGCUCUCUCUGGCACGUGGCAGGAGGUUUUACACUGUGCUUGCUGACUGUGAGCACAGGAGUUUUGGAUACUGUCACCACAGAACUAGGAUUUAGUCAUUAUGCUGAGAAACCAAGUUCUGCACUUCCUGUUUUUCUAUCAAUGCCUUUCAACUCCCUCAUCAAUCUUGGAUACAUGUUUUUGGGCAUAUACUGGCUCGUUCAAGAUGAGAAAACUACUGGAAUUAAAGACCGGACUGGUAGUUAUCUGAAGAAUGUCUUUUGCUGGAUGGCACUGGCCUACGGCCCAGUCCAGUGGGUGCGGAUAUCUUCUCAGACACACAGCUCUGCAGUUCUCGAUCAGUGGUUUACCUUGCCAAUGUUCGCAUGGGCAAUCAUCUGGUGCAACUCCAUACUGAGACAUUGGAACAGGCGGCAGUUCUUACUAAUAGAGGUCCUGUCAUUAAGCAGUUAUUUUCUCAGUACAUUUCACCCACAAGGAUUUGAAGUCGCCCUGGCUGUACAUAUCCUAUGGGCGAUGGUUUCCGGCUUCAGAUUACAGAACAGGCAUGGAGACUCUUCCUCAAAGAAGUACUUGAUCUUUGCUGUAAUCUCUUGCUUUGGUUUUGUUGGAUUAAAGCUUCUUGACCAUUGGUUGGCCCAAUUUGUCCUGUUUCAGAGACUAACUGGCCAUUUCUGGUCCAAAGUCUUUGACAUCCUACAAUUCCAUUAUGCCUUCUGCUUUUUACUUCACCUGGACCGCCAUCGAUUCUCCAAGAUAAAAGGAUAG